AUGGGUAACACCGAAAAUGCACAAGAUGCAAUGUCCUGGGGCUUCUAUGGAGCAACACACUCAGCUGGGACAUCCACACUCUCUAACAUCAACAAACCACAGCAAACACUCUACCAACUGGCAACACACAAGGAACAUGGGUACAGCAGCCUGCAGAUCCCCUUGGUUGUAAGGUGCAGUCGUUUUGAUUUAUGCAGGUACCCCAGCUGCAGCUUCCUCCUUGAAGCUGCAUUGAGCCCCAAGAGCAGUCACCCCAGCAACAACUCCAUCCACCUGCAGCAGACAAGAAACAUAUACAAGUUUGUUUGUUUUGUUUUUCUGUACAGGUACUCCAAGAAGUCUAACCACCUCAUAACAAAGACCAACAAGCAGCCUAGGGAGACUGCAGCCAUCAGAACCUGCAGAUUGGCAGCCUUGGAUGCAUUCCAUCAACAGCUGCAACAGCUACACCAACUUGAAGCAGACAAGGAACAAAUACAAGCUAAUAGUACUAGCUACAGCAGCUUGCACAUCUCUUUGGUUGUAUGUUUUGUUGGUGUUUGGCUGUGCAGAUACAAGCUGAACCACUUCAAAGCAAGGACCAACAAGCAACCUAACUACAAGGGCAGCAACAAGGAGUUUGUGCAACAGAACUCUUGGAAUUGUUCUUAUAAUUGUGUGCUUGCUUGUUUGUUUGUUUUUUUGUUUGCUUAUUUGUUUAUGAAGGUUGUUGGAGAUACAGGCAACAGUGGAACCCAGAAGGAACUCCAACACCCUCAGAGACAACAUCCAAGAACCAACAACAAUAUCAUGAGUAGCUGUAGAAUGAUACACCUCCAUCAACUCCAUAUACAUACUGUGGAAACACAACACCAAACAACUACUCAGCCACACACCAAACAACAACUCAACCACAGAGCUGAAGCUGAAAGUGCAGAAUUGAAAGAUGAAGUUCAACAGCAUCAGCAACAACAGAGGCCAAAACCAACACACCCACGUACAGCAACCUCCAGACUUGGUUGCUUGUGCAUGUUUCUGGUUUUGUCUGUCUGUGCAGGUGCAAGUCUGCAGCAACCAUACAUUUGGACCACCAUGCAGGUGUUCGAAUACAGCUACACUUUCUUCCACAACAAAUCAAAGGCUGUUGGCUACUAUAGUUCCAUAUAUUUCCUAUCCUUUCAGCCUCCUUAGCUGGUAAUCAUGAUACUGAUACAAAGGCAUAUUUCACCUGGAUUUUCUUGGUACGACAAGACUAAAAAGAGCAAAGAUGAAAAGAAUUUCCCAUCCCAUGCGAGAUAGAAGUUUCGUAUACUUGUUCUUCUUCAAUGUAGCUAUGUCUGGUACGUAGCAUAGUUGGAAUAGGACUAGUGUAGGUUACUUUUCUUUUUUCUCAUGGAAGGGGAGAGUCUCCCUCAUUUAUGCUUUCAUAGUUUAAUUGUACCGGG